GAGCCGCUGCCGGUCCCGCCCCGGAAGGCGCCGUAGCGAAGCGCGAGUGAUGGCGGCGCUGGGUGCCCGCGGGCCGGUGGCGGUAGCGGUAGCGCUGCUGCGGAGGGGACCGGCACCGGGGCUGCGACCGGUACCGCGCCGGUACCGGUACAAGGAGAAGUGGGCUGCCACAGCUCCCCGCAUCCCAUGCACACGUCUGGCCUUGCACCACUUGGACACGAGCUACAGCCUGCAGCUGAAGGACCUGUGGCCCUCUGUCCGCGCCAGCUUGCUCUGUGAGCAGAAGUACGGUGCCCUCCUCAACAACUUCUCUGCUGAUGAUUACGUCACUCAGGAGCUGGAGCUGAUGAACGCCACUGAUUUUGUGUCCGAAGGCUCCAAAAAGGCACAGCAGGGUGCAGCUGCAGAAGAAGUGAGAAGAGAGGAGAACAGGUCCCAGGAGGGACCUGGGAAGGUCAGGACAGUGGUGCAGACAGAGACACAGGCAGAGAUGUCACCUCCACUUCGUGCCUCCAUCAACUCCAACAUCAAGUGUUACACCUACCCCAGGGGGGACAUCACACGCUUCCGCCCUGCACGGCAAGACUCUCUGGGGCUCCUUGACUAUUAUCUCAUGGAUGCAGCGUCUCUCCUGCCUGUCCUGGCGCUCGACGUGCAGCAGGGUGAUUUGGUCCUUGACCUCUGUGCUGCUCCGGGUGGCAAGACUCUGGCUCUGCUGCAGACUGGGCUUUGCGGGCAUCUGGCAGCCAACGACGUCUCCAUUUCCCGGACAAAGAGGCUGUACAGCAUUCUCAACAGCUAUGUUCCCAAAAAUGUCAGGGAAACUGUGAGUGUUACAUCCUAUGAUGGAAGAGACUGGGAGCAGCUGGAAGGUGGCACUUUCCAUAAGGUCCUGGUGGAUGUGCCCUGCACGACAGACAGACACUCUGUCAUGGAGGAGGAGAACAACAUCUUCCACAAGAGACGAACCAAGGAGCGCCAGAUGCUGCCCAUGCUGCAGCUGCAGCUGCUGAUGGCUGGGAUCCUCGCUACCAAGCCGGGAGGAAAGGUGGUGUAUUCUACGUGCUCCCUCUCCUCGCUGCAGAAUGAGUGUGUGAUCGAGAGAGCAGUGGACAUUGCAGAAACACAGUUUAACAUCAGUGUCCAUGUUGAGGACUUGAGCCACUUCCGGACGCUCUUCCAGGACACGUUUUCCUUCUUCUCGGAUUGCCGGCUGGGGGAGCUUGUUCUGCCUCACCUCACGGCCAACUUUGGACCUAUGUAUUUCUGCAGACUGCACCGGGUGUAGAAGGGGUAACAGGCUGUGCUGGCUACCAGGAAAUGCCCCGGAUUUCCAGGGAAAGCAGAACUGCUUUGUAUUUAUUUUUCUUUUUGGAAUGUCCCACAGGAAGUGUGCUUU